AUGGAAAACAUGGAAAUGAGUGAUGCAGAAGAUGAAAGAGAGUCGCCAACUGAACGAACAGCCUUAGAAAGUCCAGUGAUUGUACCUAAAUACAUGAAAAAUGUUCCAGUUAAAAAGAUUCACCAUCCUACUGAACGUAGCAUUGUUCCCACCGUUAUUUUAUCCACAGCAUUUGUUGUGGGCGGACUCGCAUUUGGACUCCCUGUUUUCGCAGUUCUCACCGUCGCGGUAGUAGUUGUGGGUAUGAUUCGAAUAGCAGUAGCUGCCUGUUGCGCCAGUCGCAUGGGUUAUGGUUUUGCAGGUUGCACUGGGCUUUUGUCAGCUACGGAUGCCUUCUGGUUGCAUGAUUCUCAUUUCAACCGAUACGUGGCUCAUUGCCUUUUCUUCGUAGAGCGUGGGUUGGAUGUCAGGACUACAAGAGAGAUUCUGCAGAGUCGAGUCAUCGAUAAAACUACCGAAAACGGUGAGCGAGCGUUUGCACGAUUCACUCAAAAAGUUGUGUCCGUCUCCGCUGGGUAUUGUUGGGUCGAUGAUAGCGAGUUCGACAUAGAGAAACACGUCUUUGAAGAAGCACGACGUGUGAGGACACGACAUCAACUACGUGAUUUAAUCUCAUCACUCAUGAGUCAUCCACUUGCUCCUAACAGACCUCUCUGGGAGGUCAGAAUGGUGAAAAACUAUGGUUAUGCUAGAGACACAGUUCUCAUCGUUCGCGUUCAUCAUGCUCUCAGUGAUGGUAUCACCCUCAUUAAAAUCCUCAGUAACUUCUUAGCUGACCAUCCGCAGAUGUUGAGACUGAAGCCUCGAAUUGGUGGAACCACUUUUCCGCUCAAUGUUUUACGGGCUGCUGUGGUAGCUCCUUUAACUUUAAUUACGUGGUUGUGCACGCCAAGAGAUUACAACCCAAUCUCUCACCGGCAACCUCUGUCUGGCAAAAGAAACAUUGGUUGGUCUUCAGGUAUUCGUUUCGCUACGGUGGACAGAAUUCGCCAGGUUACGCACUGCAGUGUGAACGAUGUCCUUAUGGCUGCAGCCAGAGGGGCAAUCAGAGACUACUUCAAGCAGCACUGUGGAGUUCAUUCUCCUCCAGAUGUAACGGUGAACGUCUCCUUGGACCUCCGGUACGAGCCCACUUCCAUGGAAUCUUUCCCUGAGCUUGGUACCGGCUUCACGGUGGUAAAUGCUCGUCUGCCCACUAACACGGAGGGAGCAAUUCCUGGUCUGUGGGAUGUUCAUCAAUGCAUGGAGGACUUAAAGAGCUCCUGUGAUUCCGUCGUCAUGUACGGAACUAUACACUACCUGAUGACGCUGCUGCCUUCCUGCCUCUGCCAGUGGCUGGUCCGGACAGUGCUCAAGAGCGCCAGCCUCUCCUUCUGCAGCCUUCCCGGUCCCGAGAGACACAUAAUGUUAGCCUCUUGUCGCCUUAAAUCCGUCACCUUCUGGAUGAAUUCACAUCCGGACGUCCCCGUUGCCUUCUGUGUCUUCUCAUAUGCCGGAAAUUUUUAUGUUGGUGUUUCAGCCGACAGUGGAACAAUAGCGUCUCCAAAAAUAUUAGUCAAGGGCUUUACCACACAUCUCGAUCGAAUGUACAGCAUUGUUGCCAAACGCAAAAUACCCGGACAAGAAAGAAGAAGAAGUUCCUUUACUGCAGAAAGAAGACGAGAAGAAAUUUUUAAGCCUUCCGUGAAAGAGAUCAAUAGCAAGCUGCAUGCUGUCCAAGACGAGCUGCAUGAGAUCACCCGUAAGCUGGAGCUCAUAUCGAUGCCGGGGUACGUUCAUCCCUUGGAGUACGCCCCGGUACCAGUGUACCAAAGGGCGCUCAAUCAUCGGAUGGAAGAACUGAAAGAAGAAUUCGUCGAACUUAUCACAGAACUGAGGAAGCGGAAAAACUCUGCUGGAGGCGUGGCGAUCGAUGUAGAGAAUGCUCAUUACGACCACGACUUGGACGGUCAGCUGAGGAGACCUCGUCGAAUGCUCGUCAGCCAGGGCCGUCGCCCGAGCUUCACUGCACUCACGACGCUACUCUCUACAUCACGACCUCUUCUAACGCAAUACGCGCCAACAGCAGCUCAGCAAGCGCUUUAUUACGUGCCGUCGGACCCCGAUUUGGAAGGACGGGGUACUCCGGAACAGCAGAGAGCCCUGCUAGCAAGGAGCAACGAGGAAUGCUACCUCUCCCGAAGUGUUGGCACGUAUAGACGGGAAAACGCAUAUUAAAGCCAACGAGGUGUAAGUUCCGGAGAAAAUGGAAUCUUUGUUCUACUUCUCCAUUUUUCGGGAGAAUUUUUCUUUCUUUUUCAGAGAUUUUGGGAAAAGUAUCGAUUCCAAGACACGAGAGGCAGUACUCUAAGAUGUCUUUUUUAUUUUCCCUUUUCUCGUUUCUCAAAAGUGCAUCAUGGAAAAUUACGCCAGUCUUCUACGAUUUGUGAGCGAAAGGAAUCAUGAAGAAAUGCAAUCUAUGUGAUUGUAUUGUCUUUGGACUGUCAUUUUGAAAUAGAAUGCCAUAGAAUCACAGAAGAAAUUGAUUUAAAAAGCUUUUGAUGCAGUGCUUUGAUGUAUCUCCCUUCAAUUACCGACUAUUUUGCCAAAGCCACGUUUUACUGUCAACACUAUUUUUGAAUAAUGCGAUAUACUAUAAUAGUUCGAUGAAAAUUAAUUUUCUGAUGAGCUCAAAAGAAGUAUUAUAAACAUGUAAUGUGAAUUAAAUGAGUAUGCAUAUUAUAAAGAGCGCACACAAUCACUUCGAGUUUCCAAGGCCACAUAAUAGGAAAAUUUCACAAAUUCCUCGUUAAGCCUUUUUCAUAGUCGUAUUCAGAAAUUAUUUGUUUAUUUUUAAUGCCUAUAAAGCAUUAGUUUUGAUUUUUUUCAUUUAAAUCCGAAUUUAUUUUCAGUUGUUUGAUAUCAGUAUAUAUUUAAUCUAAUGCACAAUUUAGAGUAUAUUUUUAAAGCAAGUAUGUAAAGGAUUGAUCUCGGUAUUUUGUUUAUCUGACAUCUCAGAAAAUACUAUCUCUGUUCAAUGCGAUGUUAAUUUAAAAAAAAAUAUAAUACGAUUAUAGACUGGCUAUUGACCUGUCUGUGAUGGGA